GUGUGAGCUUCACCAGCGAGGCGUGCGCUCUCAUCUACCUGGUGGACACAGCCGGGACGCGCACCACAACCGACACUUUCACCGAUCUGACCAAGGACUACACCCUGGCAGUGUUCUAUGACGACUCGCGCCAUGGUCCCUCUUAUAUGGCUGAAGCCCAUGACGUGAUUGCCAAUUCAGCUUACACCUGUACCGAGGAUGGCACUGAGAUCUAUGACAUAAACGGAUUUCGCAUCACCCAGGCAGCCGAUGGCCUGGUGAAGGUCACUCGUGUGGACAACAAGUGCUUGAUUCGCACCAGUCCCGGCAAUGGAUCGGCCACUUUGACCACACCUGGCAUCCAUUGCACUGCCUCUCUGGGCAAGACCUCGCAUCUGUUUGUUCGUCGCAAUGAGAAGCGCAUGCACUUCGAUGGAUCCUGUUUCAUUGUACGCAACGCCGGACACUCCACCGGCUUCAAUGAGAACAACCUGCUCAUUGUCUACUGAGCGGCGUUCGUAGUCCGGAGAUAGAAACGGUGCAGUGGUAUCCCAUCCCACACGCACACACUCACACAUGUCAACACAUUUCACCUGGAACACAUACAUAGACACCUACAGCAGCACACUUGAGGGACCUUGACGUGGAGAGAGGGGUUCAGUUAGGAUCCCGGAAUUUAGGAAUAUCAAACUCAAUUUGGGAAAUAAGUUAGAAAGCAAAUAUGUUCGUACAAAAACCAGAACCACACCACACCACACACACACACCUCAGCGAAGGAACUCAGCCCAGUCCUAUCUGGGUUCCGAUUGCUCGACAUGGGCGCAACACAACCACACCACCAACCCCCAGGGCAUACUAGUUGUCUUUUGUUUACCAUUGCCUACAUAUAUAUCAUGCCGUAUAUAUGCGUGUAUUACUAGUUGUUAUUGCAAACCGGGAGCGCUUUCCUGCAUCCCCAAAUCAGUUGGCCAAAUCAGACCGAUCUCAAGCUGAAGCGGAACCAAUCAGAGCCGAAUCGCAUCGAACAGGGCCGUGCCAGCGUUUGGUGUUCAAAAAAAGA